AGUGGACAUGGCCUUAGAGCCCCACAUGCCAGAACCCAUGUGCCUCAUUGAGAACGUCAAAGGACAGCUGAGACCUAACCAGGAAGCCCUGGAGAUCCUGUCAGCCAUCACUCAGCCUGUGGUGGUGGUGGCCAUCGUGGGCUUCUACCGCACGGGAAAAUCCUACCUGAUGAACAAACUGGCUGGGAAGAAAACAGGUUUCUCUCUGGGCUCUACAGUGCAGUCUCAUACCAAAGGAAUCUGGAUGUGGUGUAUGCCUCAUCCCCACAAGUCAGACCACACUCUAGUUCUGCUUGACACGGAAGGCCUGGGAGACGUUGAGAAAGGUGACAACCAGAACGACUGCUGGAUCUUUGCCUUGACAGUACUUUUGAGCAGUACCUUUGUGUACAAUAGCGUGGGAGCCAUCAACCAGCAGGCCAUGGACCAACUGCACUAUGUGACAGAGCUGACAAAACGUAUCAGAUCCAAAUCCUCCCCUGGCUGCGAUGCGGUGGAGGACUCUGCCAACUUUGUCAGCUUCUUCCCUGACUUUGUGUGGACUCUGAGAGAUAUGACCCUGAAGAUAGAAAUAGAUGGACAGUUACUCACAGCAGAUCAGUACCUGGAGAAUUCCUUGAAGCUCAAUGAAGGCACCUGUGAAGAAGUUGAAAAAUACAACCUGCCCCGACUCUGUAUUCGAAAGUUCUUCCCGAAGAAGAAAUGCUUUGUCUUCUAUCCACCCACCGAGUGGAAGAAACUCCGUGAGCUCGAGACCCUGCAAGAAAACGAGAUCGAUUCUGAGUUUUUGCAGCAAGUGGCAGAAUUCUGUUGCUACAUCAGUAGCAGUUCCAAGGUUAAAACUCUGCCGGGAGGCCUCAAGGUCAACGGCUCACGUCUAGAGAAGCUAGUGCUGACUUAUGUAGAAGCCAUAAGCAGUGGAGACCUGCCAUGCAUGGAGAAUGCAGUCUUGACCUUAGCUCAGCUAGAGAACUUAGCUGCAGUGAAAAAGGCCAUUGAACAUUAUGACAAAGAGAUGGGACAGAAGGUGCAGCUGCCCACAGAAACCAUCCAAGAGCUGCUGGAUCUGCACAGGAUCAGUGAGAAAGAGGCCAUGGAAAUGGAACGUAAAAAAACUGAAUCUGCACUGGCUGCUGCAAAAUUGUUAGAAGAAACACAAAAGGAGAAUGAGAAACUAAUGGAACAGAAAGAAAAGAGUUUUCAGGAGUAUGUGAAACAGUUGACUGAGAAAAUGGAGAAUGACAGGGCCCAGUUAAAAGCAGAACAAGAGACGAUACUAGCUCUUAAACUCCAGGAACAGAAACAACUACUCCAGGAAGGAUUUCAAGAAGAGAGCAGAAAACUUCAAGAAGAGAUGUGGAAUGCGGAGAGGAGACACAAAGAAACAAUGGAUCAUAUGAAAGCUGAAUAUUCAGAGACUAUAUCAAGGAUGUCGAAGGAAAUGCAAGAGAAGUAUGAGUUGAUGUUGGGAAAUAAAGACAGGAAUUAUCAGGAACAUGUGCAACAAUUGAUUGAAAAGAUGGAGCAGGACAGAGCUCAGCAGAUGGCUGAACAGGACAGGGCCAUGGCUCUUAAGCUUCAGGAACAGCAACUGUAUUUCAAAGAGGAACUAGCAGAAGAGAGAAGAAAAUAUGAGAAAGAAAUUCAGGACAAAGAGAUGAAGAACAGAGAAAUGAACAUAAAAUUGGAAGCUGCACAAACUGAAAAUGCACAGGCCGUAGCAAAAAUGGUGGAGGAAGUGAAGAAGAUAAACCAGCAUAUGGUAGACCAGAAAGAAAAGAUGUUUGAGGAGCGUGUGCAACAACUGGCUAACCAGAUUCAGAAAGACAAAGAUGAGCUAAAGGCAGAGCAGGACAGAGCUUUGAAAGAUAAGCUUCAGGAACAGGAAAAAAUUUUUAAUGAUAAAAUCAAGGAGCAGAAUCAAAAUCAUUAUAGAGAAAUCAUGAAUUUAAAGGAGGAGAAAGCUCGAUGUUCCGUCAUGUGAAAAGUCAAAGCACAUUGAUUUCCUCCCUGGCUGCCUCAUUUCAGGGCACAGUUUUAGUGAUUAGAGCUUUUCAUACUUAGAACUAAAGAUA